AUGCUCAGUCUGCAGGAUGUACCAUCAAUUGAUCUUGACGAUGUCGAGCUCCGGUGUAAGGAUUGUGCAGCACGCAUUGGCGGGUACUCGUUCUGGUGCGUGCAGUGCGCGUGCGGCGCGCUGUGUGACGCAUGCGCGGGGCGCGCGCCGCACGAUACGCACUAUGUUUUACGCGCGCCCGAGGGCGCCACGCAGAACCAAACGCAGACAGUGCUGGCAGUUAUACGACAACAGUUGCUGAAGGGAAACUUACUAACACUGUACGAGAUUGAUGAAGAUGGCGUAAAAAAGGAAGUAAAAGAAGAGACAGAGGAGCCCGCCGCGACGACCGACCCGCUCGCUGUGGGGCCCCACUUCGAACCGCUCACAGUGGAGCCCUACCCCGACCCGCUGACAGUGGAGCCCUACUCCGAACCGCUCACAGUGGAGCCCUACCCCGACCCGCUGACAGUGGAGCACUACUCCGAACCGCAAAUAGAGGAGCCCCAUCCUGAUAUUCCUGAUCCGCUCACAAUGGAGACCGACCCGGUCACGGUGGAGCCUCAUCCCGACCCGCUAACCGGGGAGCCCUACCCCGAGCCGCUCACAAUGGAGCCUUACCGUGACCCGCUCACCGUGAACCCUGCCAAGGCCACAGUAACUGAGUGUGUUGACGAUGAUACCAACGGUGGCCACCACCCUAACAAGCGUCCUCGACUCAUGGACGACACCAGAAUGGGCGACAUACCAAACUCCUCAGUCAGUGAAAAAGAUGGCGAUGUCUCACAACAAAUCCUCUCACAUGUCCCACAUAUACGAAGAGGAUCGCAAAUAGUCCAGACACUCGCUCCUAGCGAUCUUAGAUCACAAGAUGUCAUACAGACCACUGCUUGCAACAUCAAAGGGUCACAAGAUGCUAUAGCAAAUAUUAGCAAUCUCAGAACACAACAAUCCGUUUUAAUUGUCCCAUCUAAUGUUUUAAGAAGAUCGCAAACGGUUCAACCACUUGCUACUGGCGAUCUCGGGUCACAAGAUGUCAUACAAGCCACUACUUGCAACGUCAAAGGGUCACUAAAUGCUUUAGCAACUAAUAGCAAUCUCAGAACACAACAAUCCCUUUUAAAUGUUCCAUCUAAUGUUUUAACCCUUUGACCGCCGUUGUCCGGUAUAGAAGACAACGAUAAAACGAUACGCUGGCGCCGUCGUCUUGUAUACAAGACAUAAAUUCAACCACUGAGUUAAUGUGAAAAUAAUAACAAUUGCAAUUUCAUUUACACUCGUGUUCAUAUUUAAGGUCUUUGUUUUUUCAUUUAUUUGCUUUUUAAGCCGCUAUAUAAAUCCAUUCUUUUAUAAUAAGGCAUUUAAAAAAAUUGUUCCAUUUUUCAACAUUUUUCAUGUUCCUCGUCGCCGUUGUCUUGUAUAAAAGACAGCUAGGGAUGGGAAUGUUAACUCGAUAUGGGAAUUUUUAAAGUAAAUAUAAAGUCAGAAAUAUGUUUUUAUCUAAGUAUUUGAACACUUGUUAAUCGCCAAUUUUUUUCAACGAAUAGUAGGUAACUACUUACUAGAAUACGUAGAACGAGAGUCAGAUAGGCAUAACUAUAUUUAAAGUUCAGGCAGCUUCUUUAGCUCUAUAGAGUAGAGUCAGACAAGUAAAUUUGCCCUUGUAGAUUGUGGACUAUUUAAUUGCAGAAGAGAUAAAUAAAAAUAAUAAUUGAUGUUAUUUUAGUGGGAAGGGAUACACCGCAGCGACCGCUUCGCACAAGAGUGGUACAGGGACAUACCUGUUUAUCAGACUUUAGUUUUUUGUUAUAACAUUGAAGUUAAUGUGUAAUUUUUUUAUAACAAGUCGUUGAACGUUUUUUUGAUAAGAGUUUACCUAUAGAUUAACGUAAACCAAACUGAAAUUAUAAUGAUAGAUUCUAAUUCCGUAAUAAUAUCUUCACUCAUUAAAAAUUCAACCCACGUGUAAUUUUCACUAAAACAGUUCCGGUAUAUUGACUUUAUCGACACAUGAUGCGCAGCUUUAACGUUACGCCAAUAAAGUUUACGUACCGACAAGCGCUUACGCCGUUGACCUAGAGACUAUUAUUACUUGAUCCGCGCGGAAACAGUCCUUGUCGGUCUGCACUGCCGGCAGUCCAUGCGCGCCGUUGUCUUGUAUAAAAGACUUCUCGUACAGCCUAGUGCGGCGAUAUCACGUCUUGAAUCGACAUUAUUUAGUGGUUGUUUUUUAUGUUAAAUCCCUAUAUUUUAAACAUUUUCGGGUGUAAAACAUAUGUUUAAUUUUGGCUAUUUGGAAUGAAAUUAAACCUGGAUAAGAACAAAGCUAAAUUAAAAAGAUUUUUUACCAUAAAUUGUAAAUAUCGAUAUCACUAUUUGCAAUCCCUAAACUUUUUAUUAGUUGUUUACUUAAAAUUUGCUCUGGCGUGUGAGUGAGCGUCUUUGCGGACUAGGUCCGGCGGCCAAAAGGUUAAGAAGAUCGCAAACGGUUCAACCACUUGCUACUGGAAA